GGGGGGGCCGUGAAGGGGCGGCCGCCGCCUCCCGCCCCCGCCGUCCCCUCUUUGCUCAGUCGGUCCUCUCCGCGGCCGGCGGGGCCAUGUCCGGGGUAGUGAGGACCCUCAGCCGCUGCCUGCUGCCGGCCGAGGCCAGCGGGCGGGAGCGCCGAGGCGGCGGCGGCGGCAGCGGCAGUCGGGACUCGGAGCGGGAGGCCCGGCGGCGGAGCCGGGAGAUCGAUGCGUUGCUGGCCCGGGAGCGGCGGGCAGUGCGGCGGCUAGUGAAGAUCCUGCUGCUGGGAGCCGGCGAGAGCGGCAAGUCCACCUUUCUCAAGCAGAUGCGCAUCAUUCACGGCCGAGAGUUCGACCAGAAAGCGCUGCUCGAGUUCCGGGACACUAUCUUCGAGAACAUCCUCAAGGGCUCAAGGGUUCUAGUUGAUGCUCGAGACAAGCUUGGUAUUCCUUGGCAGUAUUCAGAGAAUGAAAAGCAUGGGAUGUUCUUAAUGGCCUUUGAAAAUAAAGCUGGGAUGCCUGUAGAGCCUGCCACAUUCCAACUCUAUGUACCUGCUCUGAGUGCUCUUUGGAGGGAUUCUGGCAUCAAGGAAGCUUAUAGCCGCAGGAGUGAGUUUCAACUGGGUGAAUCUGUGAAGUAUUUCCUGGAUAACUUGGACCGGAUUGGCCAGCUGAAUUAUUUUCCUAGCAAACAAGAUAUUCUACUGGCCAGAAAAGCCACGAAAGGAAUUGUGGAACAUGACUUCAUUAUUAAAAAAAUACCUUUCAAGAUGGUUGAUGUGGGUGGGCAGCGAUCUCAACGUCAGAAGUGGUUCCAGUGUUUUGACGGAAUCACCUCAAUCCUAUUCAUGGUCUCCUCUAGUGAAUAUGACCAGGUCCUCAUGGAGGACAGGCGCACCAAUCGACUGGUUGAAUCAAUGAACAUCUUUGAGACCAUUGUCAACAACAAGCUCUUUUUCAAUGUUUCCAUCAUUCUGUUCCUCAAUAAAAUGGACCUCCUAGUGGAAAAGGUGAAAACUGUCAGCAUUAAGAAGCACUUCUCAGACUUUAAGGGUGACCCUCAUAGGCUGGAGGAUGUCCAGUGCUAUUUAGUUCAAUGUUUUGACAGAAAAAGACGGAACCGAAGUAAGCCACUCUUCCACCAUUUCACCACUGCCAUAGACACUGAAAACAUCCGCUUUGUAUUUCAUGCUGUGAAGGACACAAUCCUGCAAGAAAAUCUGAAGGAUAUUAUGUUGCAGUGAAGGAGAAAGUCCCCUUACUUUUGUCAUCCUUAAAUGGACUUAAGGGCUAUUGGUCAGAUGAUGUGUUUGUGUGUAUGUGUGAGCACAUGGGUGCAUUUGUGUGUGUGUGUGUUAUCUAGAUGGCCCUUGAUAUGUUUCUAAGAUCCAUGCCAUCAUUUACCCAGCUCAGGAAUGCUUUAAAAUUAGCCAGUCCAAACAGAUGAGCUCUAGGCAGAAGGACUUGGAAACUUUGAUGUUAGCUACUGAUUAUGGGGACUAGUAAAACUACUGAAAAACCAAGUGGUUGCUUUGCUAUAAAAACCUAGUUUGGCAUACUGAGGAACACAACCUUCUUUUUGGAGAAACAUUAACUUACCUUUUUUUUGGACACUUUUAAAGAAAAUAAUCUGAAAGAAGGCUUAAAAAAAAAAAGAACAGACUCAGUAGCCAUAUGAAUUUCUUUAUCUCUAGCUUUCAGGUAUUCAAUGAACAGCUAACCUGAAAUUUUUGCUCAGACAGUAGUUGUACUAAAAAAUAAAUUCCAAACUGAUACUGUUAGCUCAAAGCAUAUGAACCUAAAUUGACACAAUCUACCCAGAUUUCUCACAUUGCAAUUGGCUAGGAAUCUAAAUGCCACUUCCCAUGGUAAAUGUAUAGUUGCCUUUUUCAAAAGACGUGAACCUAGGAGUUGCAAAUUAAGCUAAGUUGCCAUGCAUAAGAAGUCAUUUCUCUAGGUGUACAAAACAAGAUUGUUCUAAAUAAAAGAAUUUAGGCCCUAGCUGACAUGGACUAGGUUUAAUGUUUGCACUACAGAAAUUUGUGCAGUUUUUCUUGCCUCAUAGACAGUUACACUACCAGAAUGCAACAUGUAAUGGAUUUGUGGCGCCAAAGCACACUUUGACAGGGAAUGUUUAGCUACCUACAUGCACAUUGGUGUGGGUGCUUUUUUAGCUUCUUUCCUACUUUUCUUGGGGUUCUGACACAUUGUUUGGCGACACUUGGAGAACUUCCUUCUUCCAGAAACAACAGUUAAGCCUCCUUCCUAUAGAAGCCCCAAUUGCUAGCAAAACUCAAGCAAAGUUUUUGUUAAUACAGCAGCUGCUUGAUAAGUUCCUAACGGCUGACCUUACAGGAAGCCACAAAACUCCCUGGAGAAAUCCCAGUUUUUCACAGCUGUACUUAUGCCUUUGGACACUAGAGCUUGUUUCAGCUACUCCUUUAAAUCUAACUCUUGUAAAGGAGUUCUGUUCUCUACUAGUGUAUAUACGUGACAAAUAAAAAGUAUCAGAUCUAGCUAUCUAGAUGAAACUGCAGAAUGCUGUACAUGUUGGUGUAAACUGGUUAAGCUUGUCUAGUUACCUGGUAGGUGCCUUUCACCACUUUGAAAUAUAUGUAUAUUUCAAACCUGAUUCACUCAUUCACUCACUACUAUGCAUUACUUUACUUAAAAGGGGCAUCUGGCAUAUUCAGUUAAUUUUCAUACGUCAAAAAGUUUACUGUGCAACUGGCACCAGUAGUUUUUUAUAUACAUGUAUAUGUUAUAUAUAUAUGUGCAUAUAUAUAUAAACAUAUUUAUAUCUCUUAAGGGCUUUCAUCAUAUAAACUGAGUGAACAGGAUCCUUGAUUUUUGUGUCCCAUUGAGACUCCUCCAUCCUGGUUUGUUCAGCAUACCAGAUGAAUUGCAAUUUAGAUUUAGCCAGUAAUCUGAUGACAAAUAUUGACCCAAAAGAAAAAAAAAGACCUCCCCUGCUUUUAACAUUAGGAGAAAACAUGAAAUUCUCUUUUGUGGUAUGCAAGAGCUUAUGUUGAAAAAAAAAAAACAACAAACUUUUUCUGGUGACUUCUUUUAAUCCUGUGGGUCCUCAUAGACUAGGGAUCGGUUUUGUUAAUGUUUUCAAGUGCUCAUAAUAGUGUUUUGUAGGAUGGGAUUUAAGGUCACGUUUCCAUUAUUUAAUAAUUGUAUGAUUGCAAAAUGAUUAAUUUGCCUGGACCAAUUUUAUAUUUAUCUCAUAAGUUUGUCAGGUUCCAAAGCAAAUUGGAAAUGCAAACUAGUCAAAUGACGUAGGAAUAUUCUGCCCAACUUGGAUGCUGAAUCUCUGUUAUAGCUGCUUUUGUGAUGGGAAAGGCAGAAUAUUCCCAAUAGCUGAUGGAGUCAUGUGAAAUACUUUCUGAAAAGAUCUUCCCACUUGAUUGUUUAAUUAACUGAUAAGAUUAAAGCAACUUUGCAGAUGAGUAUGAAAUAUUUUUUAAACAACCAAAAAUGUUUAGUAACUUACUCUUAAGGAAGUAUAUAAAUAAUAAGAACACUGAAAAUGAUCUAUUAGUCUAUAUCACUCUCACAGGAGAGUGAAAAAAGGUCAAGCAACUCGGGUUCUAGUAUCGCCUAUUCUACCAACUAGCUGGCUAGCCUUAAAGCAAAUGCCUUUGCCAUUCUGAGCCUCACUUUCUUCUUUUGUAAAACAACCAGAUGGUAUUUAAAUUAUAUGAUUCCAAAAUACAUAUCUUAGAAUUCUCAAUGGGGUUGGGGGGAGGGUUAGUGGCCAUUCGCAAGGCUGAUCUAAAACAAUUUGCAACAUUUCUGCUCGUUAGAAAUUACUGCAUUCAGAUUUGCAGUGUAUUUUAGCUCUCAAGGGAAGCUUUGAGCUAUUCUUUUUGUAAAUUUCAUACCUUUAUUUGCAGUGAUUAUUCUUGAUGCUUGUGUUCUGUUUUUUUCAUUAAUAUGUUGGGGGAGUUGGGUUAAGUACCCUGGUAAUGAUGGUAAAGAUUUUUUUACACAACUAUGCUUGCAUUCUUACACAUAAGAACAUAUAGCUUUGAUUAAAAGAACUUCAUUUUUAACUCUUCUGUUUAUAUGAAUUUUGAAGAUCUCGAAUCCUUAGCUUUGUGGCUUAUAAUACUCUCUAGAACACUUGGGCAUAUAGCUU